AUGUUGGCUAGGAAACUUCGACUUGAUCACAUUCUUGACCAAAUCCCAGGCAGACGUGUCCUUAUUAGAGCAGAUUUUAACGUUCCUCUAAAGAACGGCAAAGUCUCUGACACAACAAGAAUCGUCGCGACCCUCCCAACAAUAAAUAAAGUGCUUGAGCACAACCCAAAAAGUGUUGUCUUAAUGAGCCACUUAGGCAGGCCAGAUGGUUUAGUAGAGGCAAAAUCUUCUUUGAGACCAGUCGCUGCUGAAUUGGAGACCCUUUUGGGAAGACCUGUAACCUUCCUUACAGACUGUGUAGGAGAUGAUGUGGUUAAGGCCUGCUCUGAUCCAGCACCAGGAUCAAUUAUUUUGUUGGAGAAUCUUAGAUUCCACCCUGAAGAAGAAGGCACUGGAAAGGAUGCAGCAGGCAAUAAAGUGAAGCCUUCUAAAGAGGCUGUCGAAGCUUUCAGAGAUACUUUGACAUCACUUGGCGAUAUUUUCAUUAAUGAUGCUUUUGGGACAGCUCAUAGAGCUCACAGUUCAAUGGCAGGAAUUAAACUUCCAGUCAGAGCAGCUGGACUUCUCAUGGGAAAAGAAUUAGAAUAUUUCUCAAGAGCCUUAGAAAACCCUGAAAGGCCAUUACUGGUUAUCAUGGGAGGUGCCAAAGUCAAAGACAAAAUCCAGCUGAUCACUAAUCUCUUAAACCUUUGUGACGAAAUGAUCAUUGGAGGAGGCAUGGCUUUUACUUUCAAGAAAAGACUAGAAAACAUGGAAAUUGGAAACUCCAUUUUCGAUGCUGAAGGCGCAGAAAUUGUUGAAAGCAUCAUGAAGAAAGCUGAAGAAAAAGGCGUCCAAAUUCACUUGCCAAGUGAUUUUGUGUGCGGAGAUAAAUUCCAAGAAGGCUGCAACGUCCAAACUACAGCUGGAUCAGUUCCAGAAGGAUGGAUCGGUAUGGAUAUUGGCCCAGAGUCUGCUGAAAGAAUGGCAGAAGCAAUUAGAAGAGCUAUAACGUUUAGAGGCACUGAACAAUUAAAAUUGAUAGAUUUAACCUAUUUUAUAUAGAUAUUUUGGGUCGUAUAAUAAAAUGAAAAAAUUAAACUUAGCUAAUCAGCCAUAAAACGAUUGUUUGGAAUGGACCUCCUGGUGUAUUCGAAAACCCUGCUUUCAGAGCUGGAUCUGUCAGAUUCUUCCAAGAAAUUAUUGAAGGAACUGCUAAUAGAGGACUAGUCAGCAUUGUAGGUGGAGGUGAUACUGCAGCCUUUGUCCAAAGCAUGGGAGCAGACGCAGCAAGAAUCAGCCAUAUCAGCACUGGAGGUGGAGCUUCACUGGAACUUAUGGAAGGAAAAGAACUUCCUGGAGCACUUUUCUUAUCAGAUAUCCAAGCUUAA